AAGUCAGUUCAAAUUCACAUUAGUUGGUACUCUUGGUACUUUCGGUUUGUUUCGUUUAAAAAAUAUGACACGCGUUCUAAUAAGUCUCAUAUACUUAACCGCUUUUGUUGUCACAUACGCUCACGUUGAGCUUAAGGACGAGGACUACAAUAAAACAUGGAUGUAUAUGCCCAACGGUGAGGGCGAAAUGGAAGUGGCUUACCUAAUUGAACCACCAGCCGAACAUGAUCGCAGUGAAGUUUCCGAGUUCAUACAACUUGAGUAUUACGGCAGCACAAACCCGGAUAAACCGUUGACAACUGCAUUUUCGCUACGUGGAGGUCUACGUCGUCGCAAACGCGAGACAUGGGAGGAGCUAGCCGAUAGAUUCAAAGCCGACAUGAAUACAAAGAUACUGGUGCAUGGGUGGAAAUCGAGCUCACGCAGUAACUCCAUACAAGCCAUACGCAAUGCGUACACCGAUCGCGGCAAUGUGAAUGUGUUCGCUAUCAAUUGGAGCGAUCAGGCGGAUAAUAUUUAUUAUCUUGAGCCUGCGCGUUAUACCGUGCAAGUGGGUAGAGCGGUGGCUAAAUUAAUUGAUCUGUUGGUGGAGGAUAAAGGUGCCGAACCGAAGGACAUACAUUUGAUAGGACAUAGUUUGGGUGCGCAUAUUAUGGGCUAUGCGGGCUCGUACACCAAGUAUCGCGUGGGACGUAUUACGGGCUUGGAUCCGGCGCGUCCCGCUUUUGAGGGCAGCACUGGACCAGAAAAUCAUCUGGAUGUCACCGAUGCCGACUUUGUGGAUGUCAUACACACUUGUGCGGGUAUUUUGGGUUUCAAGCAGCCAAUUGGCGCGGUGGAUUUCUAUCCAAAUGGCGGUGGCGCUUUCCAACCGGGCUGCAAGGAGCCCAUGCAAAUAUUAACUGGCUGCAGUCACGGCCGCUCUUGUGAGUUUUUCGCAGAGUCCAUUAAUAGCAAGAAAGGUUUCUUGGCAACCGCCUGCAAUACCAUUGUGGAUGCUAAUGCAAUGAACUGUACUGGUCAACGCAUUCUAAUGGGUGACCCAGUUUUGCCAAACACUCGUGGUAUUUAUUCAGUCAAAACAGGCGAUAAACCAAAUUUUGCGCUCGGUAUGGAUGGUUAAGAGGUUUUAAAAAAUAA